AGCUCGGCUCAAACGGCUCUGGCGCGCACUUGUGCCACUCCGCUGGCAUGCGCAGCUGAACCAGUUUUGCGGCCAGCGCAAUGUUCGGCUGCUGCUCCUGCGCGGGCGAUGAGUCACGAAUCUGUUCAGGCGAUGCUAUCGAGGAGCCCAUUGACGACAGCUUUCCGAAGGACAAGUCAAAGAGCUUUGCGUCCACCUCGCGGGCUCCGGUCAACGCAGCAGAGGACGACAAGGAGACGGCGAAGCAUCGGCUGCAGCGCCUGAUCCGGGACUUCGCCCAUGACGCCGUGGGCCCGGGCCUCCCUGUGGAGGUGCAGAGUGCGGACGCCGAGGGUGAGGAGGGCGGCACGCUCCGACUUGAUCGCAGGCUGAGCCAGAUCGAGUUUUGGCUCGGUGGAGGUUCAGCGGCGAGCAUCGUCAUGCCAUUCAGCAAGGUGGAGUCCAUUUCCAAAGGCGCCGAGGGCACCGAUGAGAAGGAGUCGGACCCCAGGAUGGCUUCAGCGCUGAAAAUGGUGUGGAAGGCUGGCGCUGAACUCAGGGUGACCUUCGAUUCGGUGAUGGCCAGAGACAGGGCCUACACCUGCUUGAGGAUAUUCCACAUGUCCAUGGAGCAAGUGGGCCGGGGCGCAGAGCCCAAAGCCCCCGCGUGAGAGAGUAGGAGAGGUCCGGAGAAGUUCAUUUGGCUUGCGUGUGCGUUU